AUGCUGGCCACAACAGCACGUCCUCAGGGUGCAAGGCCCAUGCCCUCUUCGUCAGGCUCUGGCGGCAGUGGUAGUGGUGGCGGUGGAGGAGGCGGCGCUGGCGGCGCUGGCGGCGUUGGCGUUGGAGGUGCUAUGGCCUACUAUGCAGCAGCUGCUCAACCGUAUUCCGCUCCUGCGACCAAGGAGGCUGCGUGGUACGAAUAUGAGGAGCGAAUGCGUCCCUCUUACAUCCAACAGCCUGCAUCCUCACCGCUCGCUUCAUCCGCCCACUACAAUCAGCCCUACACAACAAGAGCUCAACCUCCCGUUAGCCCGUCUGCCUAUGCCAGCAACGCCUACGUGCAAUACGCUUCCAGUUCCUACUCGCAACAACCCUCUGCCUACCAGCACCCCCCUGUCCAGCAUGCUCUCCCUUCAUACCCAUCCUCUACUAAGCCGCCUCAUUCUCUUUACCAAACUCCCCAGUAUACCCCACAAUAUCAGCAGCCACCCCAAUCGCCGCUUCGAUACAACCAAGCCACACCUUCGUCAUCCAGACCGCCUCCCGCGUCCUCGGCCAAGUAUGCAAACCCUCACCUCAACAGUGCACCUUCUCGAUUUGCCACCAAUCCAUCCUAUCCGGAGCCACAAGAGAUUCCCCGCUCUACCGUCCAGGGUAGCGCUUUCAUGCACAAAGGCUUCUGGGAUAUCCUCUCGCUCGUCAACAACCAGGGCCAGGGCCCCUCGUCCAACCGUCUCGCGCCUCCGUCUACCUCUCAACGUCCUUCCUCUCCUGGAAAGUUCCGUUCCACCCUCAGCAAGGCGUCCUGCGCUCUCCGCAAAAACACGCAGGACAACUUUCAGGCCGGUCCCGAGUAUGAUCCUGCUGCUGUCUUUCCUGCCAAUGCCUCGCCGCGCGCUCCUGGCUCUCCUGUCAAAGACGCCUCGACCUCCGCUCUACCUGGCGCCUACCCUCGUCCAUUGUUCGCGGCUCCUUUGACACACACUGCCAACGCAUCGGCCAUCAGCGCCGCCAUGAACUUCUUUACCCCAGCCGCUAUCGGUCCUAGAGCACAGAAGAAGCGCAUCAGCAUCGACAUGGUCGGCGCUCCACAGACCCAGACCUUCGUCCAUGCUGCCCAUGCCAGUGAUGCAGAGCAAGCCGAGGUCAUCCUCAAUAGAUGGAGUCGCGACGGCGUGGGCAAAGUUGCGGAUCCAUUGUGGGUCGAACCCAUUAAACAUGCUCUUCGGCUUCAGGCAGCGAGAAACCAAGCCGAGGCCAUUGCUCAGGUUCAAGCCGCCAUGCAUCAGGACAGUCUUAUCCAGGACAAUCCGCGACAGCUCCACAUUGUCAAUGGCGCUCCUAGCCAGAUUUCUAUGCUCACCACCACUACUGCCACCGCAGGUCACAGCACUCUCUCCAACGCUACCAUCCGCCCCGGUGUUAAUGCUCCUGCUCUGUCGCCUACUCGCGAAAGAGGUGCUUUCGCUGGUAUUGUUGAGGAGCCUGCUGUGGGUAUGGAUGGUGAGCUUGAGGCUGCCAUACAUGCUCACUUGCAGCUCUCUUCUCCAUCGCCUCAGCCCUUCGCUAGGCCUGCUGCGCUGCGCACCAACACUGCUGGCACUCUGCUCGUCAACCCUUCGCCUCCUGUGGCUCGCGACGCCGACGCCCGCGCACCCGACUAUAUGAUGUAUCGCCCCCCAUCGCCCAACGCGUCCAAUCGCAACAGCCGCAACAUUGAUGGCCUGCCCUCGGGCGCUCCCAAUGGCAUCAGUGCCAUGUUUGAAGCCCCUGCUCAUAAUGACGAUCUGCAGGCUCCCACUUCCAUCCCGGAGCGUCCUAACUCCAUGGUCGUUCUCGACAGCUUGCGCUCCGUUGACACGGCUGGCAUGACCGCGCUUGUCGAUCUCACUCAGCCCAUCGGUGCUGCAGUGCGCCCCUCGCUGGAGACGGUCGAAAAGAGUGUUGCUGCCAAGAUCUUCUUUGAGAAUCUCUACUACGGUAUUCUCAAGAAGCCCAAGGCUCGCGACACGAGGCGAGCUGGCCUCGAAGCCGAGCUGGCCUCGCUACGCAUCCCUGAGAGCAGUAAAAAUCAAAUCCGUGAAGCUUGGAUGGCCAACGAGACGCAAUACCUGCGCGACCUACGCGCUCGGGUGAAUGUCAACUCGUUCCUCAAACUCAAGACGAUCGGACACGGCGCAUUUGGUGUGGUGGCACUCUGCAAGGAACGCCAGUCAGGUCAGCUGUACGCCAUGAAGCAGCUGCGCAAAGCCGACAUGCUGCGCAAAGGCCAGGAGGGUCACGUUCGUGCCGAGCGCGACCUAAUGACAUCCGCUUCCGCCAGUGCAACGGCCAAGUGGAUCGUCAAGCUCAUCUACUCGUUCCAGGAUGUGGACCACCUUUACCUCAUCAUGGAGUUCAUGGGAGGAGGAGAUCUACUUAACCUGCUCAUCGAGAAGGACAUCUUUGAGGAAGACUUUGCGCGCUUUUACGUGGCCGAGAUGGUGCUUGCCAUUCAUGAAGCUCACUCGUUCGGCUACAUCCAUCGUGACAUUAAGCCAGACAACUUUUUGUACACCUCGGACGGCCACAUCAAGCUGGCCGACUUUGGACUUUGUCAAUCCUUCCACUGGGCGCACGACGGCGCCUACUACGACCAGCAGCGUAAGAAUCUGCUCAAGAAGCACGGUAUCGAUUUGGACGACUCGCAUGCUGCUGCUGGUAUGCGUCGUGCUGCGCAGGCCACGGGACGCCGCGGCGGUGCACCUGGUCAGGCAGGUGCCGGUCUCUCUGACAAGGAACUCAUCGAGAUCAUGUCAGACCGCAACGCCGAUGGCACACCCAAAACGCACGUACUGACGUGGCGCGAGAAGAACAAGAAGAAGAUCGCCUACUCUGUUGUAGGAACCAACAACUACAUGGCGCCUGAGGUUCUGCGCGGAUUAGGCUACGAUCAAGCAUGUGACUGGUGGUCGCUGGGUGUCAUCGUGUUCGAGAUGCUGUAUGGCUAUCCGCCGUUUGUAUCCAAAUCGAGACACCUCACUCGCCAAAAGAUCCUCAACUGGAAGCAGACGUUGCGCUUCCCGACCAAGCCGAGGAUCUCUCGCGAGGGCCAAGACUUUAUCGCUCGCCUCGUAUGCGAGCGCGAAGACAGACUGGGCAGCACGGCUUCCGCUUCAGUGAGUCGACCCAACAGUUACUUGCAGAGCGCGCGAAGGUCAGGCUUUGGCAACCAGGGUCAGUCGAACACGGGCAGCGCACUGCAGGACGGCGUGGAAGAGCUCAUGUCGCAUCCCUGGUUCCGUGGCAUCGACUGGGAGAACCUGCACCGAACGCGUCCGCCUUUCCGACCCGCACUCAGUCACCCGGGCGACACGAAACACUUUGAGGACGAUAUAGAGGAUGAGCCUCUUGCGGCACCUGGUGCGGCCAACAACCCGAACGCUGACCAGCCGAGGGACCCCAUGUUGAGAGACCAAGAACAGGGACCCAAGCUGCUCGAGAUGCGCAAGCAGCUCGCCUUUAUGGGAUAUACCUUCAAGAGCCCCAAGGCGUUUGAUCCGCGAGAACAGCUCGCCGACGAGCGCAAUGUGAUCGCGGUCGAGAGAGCCGCCGGUAUGACGCCAGCACAGGAGCGGGGCAGGGGCCGAGAGCCGACCGAGUUGGGUAGUAGGAUUCGAAGCAUGUCGAUGUGA